AAAUCGCGCUUUCAGACCUAUUAAUUAUUCAUGAAGUCGAUAACACCGGUAGUGGCUGCGUUGAUGCCCAAUCUAGGCAUUGGUUAUAAGGGCAAGUUGCCUUGGAGACUAAGUAAGGAGAUUAUCAACUUCAAGAACAUCACUUGCAAAGCUGCUGAUAAUAAGAGAAACGCAGUGAUCAUGGGUCGCAAGACAUGGGAAUCCAUACCUAAGAAGUUUAAACCCUUACCCGACAGGUUAAACAUCGUGCUAACAAGAACCAUCACAGAAGAACAUACGAACACUGAUGAUCUAAUUUAUUUGAAUGAUUUUAACAAAAUCUCCAGUGUAAUUGAUGAUUCAAUUGAUAAAGUGUUUUUAAUUGGAGGGUCUGAAUUAUAUAACCACCUUUUUAAGUCCAACGUGAUUGAUUCAAUUAUCUUAACGGAGUUGCACACAGAAAAUUCAGUCGAGAUAGAUACAUUUCUCGAUUGGGAUUUAACUGACUGGGUGCAAAAAAGCCAUGAAGAUUUAUUAGCGUUUGCUGGAAUUGACCUUGAACCGGAAUAUAACGAAAAGGGAUACACAUAUAAAUACUCCUUGUAUCAGAGACAAUAGCUCAUCUACCAAUUAAUAUAUAUUUAGUAAACGGUAAUCACUCUAUAUAAUUUCUAUUCAAUUUGAAUAUCUCGUUGCAUAAGUGGUACCAGGUGUAUGAUCUGGAUCUACCUUUGAGGCUAUUCAAGUAGUUCUCAUACAAGUACAAAUCGUAGAAGAUUCUCAAGUUGGGCUGGAUGAUAAUGUUAAAUCUGUUGAUCCGGGUUAUCAUGUAACUCUCUAUAAGUGAUAGUUUUUGGAAUCUCAUCAAACUUGCAAUCACCAAAGAUGCCAGGCGAGAUACUCCAAUCUGACAAUGAUAAAACGUCUUCAUCGACUGGUCGGGGUUCAGCAAGUAUUUUAGUUGUAUAUGGUCCGGCACCUCGAUCAACAACGGAAGAAUCUCAUCUUUACCAUCAUCUUUAAGAUUGUCAAUGUACAA